GUCAUGAGAAAUGAAGAAACGAUGACGGCUGGCACAGAAUUGCGAAAGGUUGAGUCCGGGGCGAGCAUCCACUCGGUGAAGAGGUUUUUUCCUGGGUGGUGGUGAACUAUCGAACGUUUUGGUGAGAACUCCCUGAUCCAAGUCUUCAUUCAAAAUGUCGAAGAAGACAAAGAGCGACUCCCAGAAGAAGACUGCCCGACGCGCGACGUCCAAUGUCUUCGCUAUGUUUGAACAAAAUCAAAUAGCGGAGUUCAAAGAGGCUUUUCAACUCAUCGACUCCAAUAAAGAUGGCCUAAUAGACAAGAACGAUUUAAGAGCAACGUUCGAUUCACUAGGAAAAAUCGUGAGCGAAAAUGAUCUGAACAGCAUGCUUUCUGAAGCCCCUGGUCCAAUUAAUUUCACCAUGUUUCUCACCAUCUUCGGUGAAAGGAUAGCAGGCACUGACCAAGAAGAAGUCAUCAAGAAAGCAUUCGACACAUUCGACCCUGAUGGCGCCGGCAAAAUUAAUGAAAAGAAAUUAAGGAAAGCACUCAUCACGUGGGGUGAAAAACUUACAAAUUCUGAGGUAGAUGAAGCAUUUAAAGAAGCACCUAUUGAUAGAGAGGGUAUGAUAGACAUAAACUCAUAUGUCAAGGUCAUCUGUGGUACAGCUACUGAAGAGGAAUAAGGUCCAUCCCUCGCAGAAAUAUUUAGAAUUCUGUAAAGAAGAAAAUCAAGUUAUUUUAUUCAUUCUUUAAUUAGUACAAAAGGUUAUGUUCACAAUAAGAACUUUCUAUCGAGCUUCGACAGUUUUGUUAUUUUUCUUCGUGAGAUUCAAAGAAAACGAUUGGUUUUAAAGAAUUCUCAUUUUUCAGAAGUUUAUUUUUAACAACUACUUAUAUAAUUAUAAUUUCCGUCCUCUUAUGAAAACUGUUAUUUUAUAUAUCUGCUUAAAGCACUUAUUAUUUAUUAUUAUAACAACAGUGGUAAAUUUAAGGCAUUAUUUUUGUUUAGACCCAUUUACCCUAAAUUAAAAAUCAGUGGUCUUGAAAAU